ACUCUAAAAGAGAAUCGAUACCUUCGGGGGAAAAACGGCGCAAAUGUCCGCUUCCAACGUCGCAGGGCGCUUGUGUGUGUGCUCGUGCGUGACAAAGAACGUGUGUAUUAGUGUGUACAUGUAUACGUGUUGAACUUUGUGUGUGUAUGUGUUAACAGAAAGCAGGGCGGGAAGAAGUAGAUGUGUCAGUGCUGUUAAAAACGAUAGAAGGUUACUGACAAGGGAGACUACACUGUAACUCUAUACCAGAAGCAACACACAAGCUGCAAGAUGGCGCAAGGCCCAGGCUCUGGGCGUUCAAAGGAAAAAUGGAAACAGAGCAAGAAAACAACGCAAUUUGUCAAAGACAACUUCAAGCGACGAGUCUGCUGCACCUUUGUCGGCCGAGAUGGCCGCGAGGACUCUGAGUGUGUGUGCCGGCUGGCCAGGAGUGAGCACGCACAGCCAGUGACGGUCGGUGAGGCGCAUGUGCCGUGGGCGUGGGAGACGAACACAAGGCAAGAGGCCACAGACGCCUUUGGCGACAUGGACUUCCAGCGUUUUGGAGAGAGGAACAAACCGUACGUGCGGCUGUCUCCUGACACGGACAUGAACAAAGUCCUGAAGCUGAUGGCGAACUACUGGCAACUGAGCCCCCCAAACCUGCUCAUCUCCGUCACUGGCGGGGCCAAGGACUUCCAAGUGAAAUCAGGACUCAGGGCCAAAUUCCAGAAGGGUCUCAUUAAAGCAGCUUUACCGACAGGAGCCUGGGUGAUCACAGGCGGUAUGAACGACGGAGUCAUGCGUUAUGUGGGCGAGGCCGUGAGAAACUACGAGAAGCUGGCUAGUAGCAAAGAAAGUAAGGCCGUCACCAUAGGUGUGGCCCCAUGGGGCUGUCUGAAGAAUCGCGAACAGUUGGUCCGUGGUGAGGGUAAGUGGCCGGCAAAAUACCCGAUCGUCCCGUCGUCUACGCCGGAGAGCGGCAUGGCUUACCUAGACCCAGACCACAGCCAUUUCCUCCUGGUGGACAAUGGGACACACAAGACAUGGAAGACCGAGAUUCCUUUCCGGACGAAAUUAGAACAGGAGAUCAAGGAAAAAUAUGGAGUUCCUGCCUGUCUGCUGGUCCUGGAAGGAGGGGAGGGAACCCUGGAGAACUGGUUCUCUGCCCUCCAAAACGGCAUCCCUACCGUCAUCAUAAAGGGCUCCGGAAGAGUCGCUGACAUUCUGGCUUUUGCUUACCAGAAUUUGAAGUUUGAUGAGCAGAAGAAUAUUUACGACGAUCGAGGCGAGAAAACGACAAGCCGCAUAGCAUUCCUUGACGCCGACACCCGCUCCAAGAUUCGGGAGAUGAUGAGGGAUCGGGCCAAACUUCCGGUCAAGAACCUGGACACGUCCAUGCAGCAAGUGUUCUCCAUCUGCAGCUACCACGACAAAGUCUCGGUCUUUGAAAUGGACCACGUCAACUCCGCCACAGACAUUGAUCUCGCCAUCUUGAAUUCGAUACUGCAAGAUUUCAGCAAAAUUGAGAAACAACUGGAGCUAGCCCUGCAAUGGGACAGAGCAGACGUAGCCAGGGACAAGAUCCUCACUGAUGACGUCAUUAGAACAGGGUCUCUGACACCCAGCAUGCUAGAGGUACUCCUGGAGAAAGCGAUCGUCAAAGACAGAGUGGAGUUUGUCGAACUAUUCCUGUCCUGUCAGGUCCAGGUGGAGCUCAACAACUUCCUCACGCCCGAGAGACUGACAGGUCUGUAUAAGGAGAUCCCGCAGCAUUUUCUUCUGUACGAGCUUCUGACGAAAUCCUGCGCUCCCAGCAAGUGAUGAUAUCGCCCGCCCUCAAGUUAUUUGUGUGGUCAGUUCUCAUGGGCUACAAAGACAUGUCAAUGGUAUUCUGGAGAGAGGGAAAGAUGAAGGACAUCCUCUACUUCUUCCUGUUUUUACUAAUGUUCGUGGCCUCUUACGCCAUCUCGUCAGAAGCCAUCCUGUACCCCAACACAGAGCUCGGCCUUCUGACCUUCUACCAUAUACCCCGCAAGGCCUACUGGCAGAUCUACGGGGAGCUCUUUCUGGAUGAUCUCGAGGUGACACCUACCAACGAAUCAAGGGCGCCACAAACAAGCACUGGGCCUUCCUCCGCUUCCGCCUCAUCAACGACUUGUCCUAUCGGCCCAGACUGCCGCAUCCUCUUCUGAUCCUGUCCUACUUGAUGGACGUCUGUGUCUGGCUGCGCGCCAAAUGUACCAAGUGUGCCUCGUCCACAGCCACCUCUUCCCCGCACGAAACUGAACGGCUGCAGGAUGAAGAGCAGAAGUUGAUUCACUGGGAAAACGCCAUCGCGGAUGAGUACAUCGUGGGCGCGACCCGAGCUCAAGAUCGCGACCAUAGGAACAUGCGUGACGUCAUACCCUCAGUUGGAAUGACCGAUCCAACCGUUGUUGAGAGAUUAGCGAAACUGGAGAACCAGAUAGAAAGUACCGCCCAGACACUGCUGAGAGUUGAGAGGACAUUGGAAGCCAGCCUCAAGCCCAGAGGCAAAACACAUUUUGAUUCUUCAGAUGACCUGAGCAGACAUCGAAGUCUCCGGCUGAACCUCCAGUCUCGGAUGUCGCCCUACCAUAUGUUCAAGGAUGUGAAUAGAUUCCCCGUGCCUGACGACAAGGUGCCUUGGAGUGUAAGUGGACUGUUUUUUGUUGGUCUUCCUCAUCUCCCUUUUGAUCUUCUCUUCUCCUCAUCCUCUCCUCGUCCUCCGAGGUCGAGAGACUCCAGAUGGUGA